AUGGCUGAUACCGAAAAGGCGCCGCAGCCGCAACCACAACAGCAGCAGCAGCAGCAAGACCAAGCAUCUCAACCGCAACCGGCUAAAGCCGCUAAACAAAAGCAGGUCAUUGCUGAAAAGGUUUCGGGCACUGUCAAAUGGUUUAACGUCAAGAGUGGAUAUGGUUUCAUCAAUAGGAAUGACACAAAGGAGGAUGUGUUCGUGCAUCAAACAGCGAUCGCUCGGAACAACCCGCGCAAGGCUGUGCGCUCGGUGGGCGACGGUGAGGCGGUGGAGUUUGCCGUGCUGACAAACGCCGCGGCUUCCCCCGCCAAUACUACCCCCGUCAAGGCGGCGGACGCGGCGGUGAGGGCGCUCCACGCAGGGGAGGCAUGGGACGUCGCGGGCCCAUGGCCAUCCAGGGGGGGCGCGCAGGGGGAUGAAGGGCAAGAAGGGGGGCGCCACCACAGCGAAGCUACUUCCGGCGCAACUUCCGCGGCGGGCGACGUGGAGGUGGUCCAGGGCCCAUGA